CUAAAUAUGAUUGGUUCGCCCAUAGAUUAUUGUCUCACCGUUCCUGAGGUAUAAAGAAAAGAAAUUCACAUUGCAUCGUUCCAUUAAAUCGUGAAACGGAAUCUUAAUUCCAUAGAAAGUGUGAUUCAAUUUGUACUGCAUAACACAGUUCAAGUUUGAAGACUUUAUAUGGCGCUUGUUUAGUUCAAUACAAACGUGUCGGCGACCUGACGUUUGGUUUCGACUAUGCCUGUUAGUAAAAAUGCAAAGAUCAGCCAGCAUGUUAAUUAUAGGAUUAGAUGUACCAUGCAAGAUGGCCGGCAACUAGUAGGGACGUUCAAAGCUUUCGAUCGUCAUAUGAAUAUAAUAUUGUGCGAUUGCGACGAGUUUCGCCAAAUCAAAAACAAGACAGCAAAGCAAGACAAGGAUCGCCAGGAAAAGCGGGCUCUAGGCCUUGUUCUUUUGCGAGGUGAACAUGUUGUUACUAUGAAUGUAGAUGGUCCCCCACCUCCUGAAGAUGCCGCCCGAGUUCCGCUCCCUACAGCAGGUGCUUGGUCAACUGGAGUUAAGCCAUUGACUGGUAUUGCUGUCGGGCGCGGCAUGCCCCUUGCGACCCCAGCAGCAGCUAUUGCCCCAGCUCCACCUGCUGGUUUAGGUGGGCCAGUUUGGGGAGUCGGAGCACCAGCACCGGGUCUGAUGCAGCCACGAGCGCUUCCUGGCAUGCCACCUCCACCUCCUCCCCCUGCAGGCGCACCAACUGCGGCGUUCGGUCGUGGAAUGCCAACUGUCACCGCUGUACGAGGAUAUCCUCCUCCUCCACCUCCACCUCCUCCUGGAUACCAUUGAGACGCAAUCUGACUCAUGGUAUCUAUCUCAGAUAACCACUUAUUAUCGCGGAGACGUUUUGUAAAAGCAUUUACUUGUUUCAAUAUACUUUUUUAAGCACUUUGA